GCGUGGAGGGAACCUGUGCCGGGCCCAACAGGCCCCCGAUCUGUGGGAACUGUUCGGCCCGCGAGCUUCCCACGAUACGCUCCGGCUGCUGGCUGCCUGUGCACGGGCUGCAGGGUUCACUCGUGCGUCUCUCCCCCUUUCCGUUCCCUCUGUCCCCGUGGUCGACACCCUUUUCCCCGCCAAGAGCCCACAGAUUGCACGGAAGGGGCACCGUGAUGGGACAGUUGGUGGGAGGGAUCGGUAGAGAGUAUAAGUAACCGGUCGGUCCCCACCAGGGACUCAGAACCGUUGUGAACACGGCAGUGUAAGCUAUUCUCGGCACUCCGAGAGAACGCAUACACACACACACACGCACACCAGUCAUACAUAGUAUCUUGUAACGCAUAUUUUGUGUGCGUCAUCGAGUUACUCUUAUCGAACUGUAUAUUUCUGUCAAUCUAUCAAUUGGAACGUUUCGCGUUCCUGUCGAAUUGUUUCUGAAGGGUGGGCUGGUUUGUGACAAGUGGCAAGUGAGGAAGAAACUCUUAUCGUUCUGAGAACUAUGGCACCGCAUACCAGCUACACACCGGUCGGCGCUAUGGAGUAUGAAGAGCCAGUGUCGAGGACUUAUCAGUACAGAAAGGUGAUGAAGCCGAUGCUGGAGAGGAAGAGACGGGCCAGGAUCAAUCGUUGUCUCGAUGAGCUAAAGGAUCUGAUGGUGACCGCUCUGCAGGCCGAGGGCGAGAACGUGGCGAAGCUGGAGAAGGCUGACAUACUUGAACUCACUGUUCGUCACCUUCACACGCUCAGGGCUGCCAGAAGGCUCACUCUGACACCGGAGAACAGCUACGCGGACAGAUUCAGAGAAGGAUUUACCCAGUGCGCGCAGGAAGUGUCGUCGUUCCUGUCGACUCCUGUGGCAGCAGCCGUUCAUCCAGCCGCCGGUGCACAGUUAAUGAGACACCUUGGAGGAUGUCUGCGACGACUCGAAGGACCAGCGUCGACGAACACCGCCACCACCACGGUGACCGCUGUCAGUAAAACGACACCCGCUGUCAGUCCAGCUGCCAGCGUGAUGAUCAACGUGCCACAGAACGUUUACACGCCACCACAAAGUCCUGUCAGCGUGGUGAGUUCUUCGAGCGAGUCCACGGAAUCUUCUAACGCUGUUUGGAGGCCGUGGUGAUGGAAAUAUCCGAGAGGAUGAAGUUUCAUCGAUAAAGACGCAGAUCAUCGAAGAUUCUGAAUUAACAAUUCGAUUUGAUUUGUUCCUUCCUGGUGAAGAAACUCUGCCGAUUGUGGAGCAGAGGCAGAGGCACAGCGAAUGGGAGGAAAAACGACGAAUCAUUUGUCUUCCAUAUAUCGAAAAUUGUUACACCUCGUUUAUGUUGAUCGAGGGCGUUUCCGAUUAAUAUUCGUAAUAUUAAUGUUGCUUUGUUAAGUAAUCGAAUAUCGUAUCCGGCACCGUUUUCGAGAAGCUCUUUUUCUCUCUAUUUCUUCUUUUUCUCUCAUCUCACUGUAUUGUAAAUAGGUGACGAAGCUUUAAGUGACACGUCUGUGAUAGGGUUCGAUUUUGUACCUGACAUAUAAACUAUAUUCUCGUAAAGUAGAAGGAUUAUUAUUAUUAUAGAUUUUAAUUUGUUAUGUUUAAGAGACAAGAUUUUCUUUAGACGUAACGAUGUCCACGCGGUGUUUUUGUUAAAACCGAUCGCACGUCGUGCAGGAAUAAAUAAACACAUUGUUUCAAUCUUAA